GUUUCUUAUUAGUAGAGAAUAUAGCGCAAAUGAAAGGCUAAUAUUUUUCAAAUUAUAACAAAGAAACAAAGGCUUUAUUCGCAAUUAAAUAAAAACAAAAGAUUAUCCGAAUUCUAAGAGAUCAUCAUAUUCACAUUUUGGCUUGAGCCUUGUGCGCCGAUCCGACACUUUCUGUCCAGCUUUGCUGAAGCACCUUUCGGACUCACACGAUGUUCCUGGUACACAAAGGACUCAACGAAAUGGAGCAGCGGGAGCCACGUAAAUCGCGGGAAGACAGACCCCUCCUGGGCACAAGAACAGCCGCUGAUCCCGUGCUGCACAAUGUUGCUUGCAGGACGGAUCUCUCAGAUCACGUUCUUUCCGCUGGACCUCGAUACCUUCCUAAAGACCUGAGCUGCUCCACAGUGUCCAGCCUGGGGGAUUACACCAGCGGAGUCCUUCUUUUUGGGAUCAAUAAGGGAACAGGCCAGUCUAGCAGAAUACGGAAAAACAGGCCUGUACGAGUCUACCAUAUAACCGGCCGCCUUGGCUGCGCUACAGAGAACCACUUACCAGACUCACGGGUCACUAUGCGAGCAAACCAUCGGCACGUGUCUGCGGACAGGAUCAGCGGUCUGGCCGCCUCCAUGCAGGCCUCGCACCAGCGCAAAAUGUUUGAGCUCUGCGGCGUCGAUUUGCAAACACAGGAGGCAUACGAAAUGGCCUGUAGGGGGCUCCUCCGUCCAGCGAACGAAAACCAGCCCAUUGUUUACGGCAUAAAGCUAAUCCACUUUGACAGGCCUCACUUUACCUUAGAACUGCAUUCUAUCAAUGAGACGCAGGACUAUCUAACCGCCCUAGUGCACGACUUAGCCUUGGAACUACGCACUGCCGCGCAUUGCUCCCAGCUACGAUGCGUCCGGCACGCUCACUUCGAUGUUAGGGAUAGUUUGCUCAGAAACUCUUGGCACUUGCCAGGCAUUAUAAAGAACUUACGCCAUCAGGGAGACAUCCUACGCGCGCACCCACAACUUCUACGACAGCACCGAGUCGUGCUAAAAGCUACGUACUAAUUAGAUAACAAAUAAAAUACAAAUUUGUAAUUGAGAGUUAAGAAUUUCCAGUAGAGUUUUGGUGCACAGGGGUUGACAGGAAGGGUAUAAGCGUGAGGUUGGUCAUUUUAUUAGGGAAACAGCAACGGCCGCGUUGUUUUAGUCUAGUGCUGAAAUGUCAAUUUACAUCUUUUCGAAUAAAUGAAUACUACGUUAAGCACAAU